AUGGGGAACAGGGCACACCGCUCUACAGAGCUGGCUGUCCGGCUAGUAGUAGCUCAGGUCCAGGAGGCGUGGAGACAGAAGGGUGCGGCAUCCCUAUUGCAACUGGACAUCUCAGGAGCCUUUGACACGGUCAACCAUACCCGACUGCUAGCAACUUUGCGAGAAAUGGGCUUCCCGAGGUGGCUGGUCCUCUGGACGAGAGAUUGGUUGACCGGUCGAGAGGCCACCCUUCUUUUCGACGGCAAGACGGCGGCGCCGACGGCAAUUCGGGCAGGGGUCCCCCAAGGCUCACCCCUUUCCCCUGUUCUCUUCAUCCUCUACAUUUCCUCAUUAUACAAGCAGCUAAAAGACGAGCACCCUCACUUGGCUAUAACAGGGUUUGCGGAUGACACCAACCUUCUAGUAUUUGGUCGAAACCCCGAAGCCAAUGUCCGGCAACUAGAGGCGGCGUGGGAAACGUGUAUACGAUGGGCGGACAGUCGGGGGAUGAAGUUCGCCCCGGAAAAGAGCGAACUGAUCCAUUUCAACAAAGGGCGACGGCAGUGGACCGAACAAGUAAACCUUGCCAACCCAAGGGGAGGCACCAGCCCCGUUAAACCAGAAGGGUCUGCCAGGUUCCUGGGAGUCUGGUUGGACUGGAAACUCAACUGGAAGGCCCAACUGGUGGCGGUGGAGAAGAAGCUGAGGACCCAGAGCUAUGCCCUGUCGAGGAUCGUGGCAAAGACAUGGGGGAUGGGGCUAGCCAAAGCGCGAGAAGUGUACACAAAGUGCAUCCGGUCGGCGCUGGCCUAUGGCGCAUCAUCGUUUCACAUCCCCACGGAUGUGGGAGGCGAGCCGGCAAAGAAAGGCAUCACCAAGGCCCUCGGGAAGGCCCAGAACAAGAGCUUGCGGAUUGUGGCGGGAGCCUUUAAGUCUACCCCCAUCCGCAACCUCGAGACGGAGACAUGGGUGCCACCGUUGGACCUAUAUCUCAACAAACGGCUUGCGGACUUUGAGACCAGACUCCAGCGAACCGACCUAGACGACAGUCAAAGCGGCAAGAAGACGGCGGGGAGCGUUGUCCUCACCGCCUGCCGCAAGAUACAGCAGAGACUUAGCUCGAGGAGGGGCAACAGGGGCCGACCGCGAACCUUGGGACCUCAAGGGCCUACGGCGGUGGAGAGAGCCGCGGGCACGGUCAUGCGCUGGACGGGGGGAACCGUUGAUACGAACAGGGUAGUAGAAGAGGCUUGGAAAGCCAGGUGGUUAAAGGAACGGGACGGCAGGGCAAUCACCAGGCCGGCGGACGACUUUGACCAUCAGCAGGAGACGCUAUUCCGGAACGAAACCCUAAGGAGGCACGACGGUCUCAGCAAGGCAAAGAGCUCACUGCUGAUUCAAAUCCGGACGGGAGCAAUAGGCUUACGGGACUUCUUGUUUACAUGGGAAGUCCCGGAGGUUCUGACUCCUGCCUGCGAGUGUGGCGAGGGACGAGAGACUGCCGAACACCUGGUAGUGUGGUGUUUGGCACCACCGUUGACUCGAAGACGGGAGAGAACUGGAAUUCGGACACGACGGGACUUUUACUCUGUUCUACACGGCAUCAAUCCCACGACUGCACGGCUCGCGAGGAGAGUCCUCGACUGGCUGAUGGACUCGGGGAAGCUGCCGAUGUACAACUUAGCCAGGAGGCUCGAGCUGGAAGCGGUGGCCUGA